AGCAGAGCCCUCGGAGACAGCGACUGUCCCCCUCCUCCACCACAGAGGACCGAGUCACGGUCCUCCUGGUCUCAGAAUCCCCGGUUCAUCGUGUUGCUUAUUUAGGACAAACCGGAAAAGUGUCUCCGGACCGGACCGAGAGGGAAGACUGCCAGCGAGGAAGUACCGACAAACAUCACCGACCGAAGGAAGGAGGAUCGUCACUAUGGAGGGUCUGAUGCAGCGGCUGGAGCAGGCGGUGUCUCGCCUGGAGCAGAUGUCUGUCACCAUGCAGCUGUCCAGUGGCGUGGCUAACGGGAGCUGCGUCAACGGCAUCAACGGAGGCGGGGGUGUGUCUCAGAGCGUGGAGGUUUUCGAUGUUYUGCUGAAAGGUCCAGUGACAGACUACCUGAACUGCAGCCGGGCGAUAGGGAGCGAGGUGGAGAAACACGCAGAGAUGGUGAGCGACGCGCUGCAGACCCAGAGAAAGUUCCUGAAAAUGGCCGCCACACACCAGGAACCUGCGCAGUCGGAGCUCCAAGGCCUCCUGAAGCCCAUUUCGGAUCACAUCCAGGAGAUCCAGAAUUUCAGAGAACAAAACCGCGGCAGCCUCCUCUUCAACCACCUCUCGGCCGUCAGCGAGAGCAUUCCUGCUCUGGGUUGGGUGGCUGUGAGUCAGAAGCCUGGUCCCUACGUGAAGGAGAUGAACGAUGCAGCCACCUUCUACACCAACAGAGUCCUGAAGGACUACAAGGACAUAGACAAACACCACGUGGACUGGGUCCACUCCUACCUGUCCAUCUGGACUGAGAUACAGUCCUUCAUCCAGCAGCACCACACGACUGGACUGAUGUGGAGCAAGACCGGUCCAAUUGCUCCUGCUUCUCUCUUUAACUCUCCCCCAGCCCCGAGUGCUCCYUGUCCUCCACCUCCCCCUCCUCCCCCCGGCCCUCCUCCAGUCUUCAUCGAUGAUGACUCCAAGCCUCAGGUGGACGGCGCAGCAGCGCAGCACUCAGCGUUAUUCUCUCAGCUCAACCAGGGCACGGACAUCACGAAAGGUCUGAAGCAUGUCUCUGAUGAACAGAAAACGCACAAGAACCCCAAUCUGCGCUCUGAAACGUCAACAAUCAAAAGCAAAGGUCCCCGGCCUGGGAAGUGUCCGAAAGCUGCGGUCCAGAAAAGACCUCCUCUGCUAGAGUUGGAGGGAAAGAAAUGGAGGGUGGAAAACUUUGAGCAGAAACACGAUUUGCUGAUUGAGGAGACGGAGCUGAAGCAGGUGGUGUAUGUCUUCAGCUGCAACAACUCCACCCUGCAGAUCAGGGGCAAAAUCAACUCCAUCAUCAUAGACAACUGUAAGAAGCUGGGUCUGGUUUUUGAGAACGCUGUAGGGAUCGUAGAGGUCAUCAACUCCAAGGCCGUUCAGUUACAGGUGUUGGGAACAGUUCCCACCAUUUCCGUCAACAAGACAGAGGGCUGCCAGAUCUACCUGAGCAAGGACGCUCUGAGCUGCGACAUCGUCAGCGCUAAGAGCUCCGAGAUGAACGUCCUGAUACCAGAAGGAGACGACGACUACAGAGAGUUCCCCAUCCCGGAGCAGUUCAAGACGGUUUGGGACGGUUCCAAACUGGUGACAGAACCCACAGAGAUCGCCGGCUGAUUGAACGUGAACACAGACAGUACUGUGCAAAACGAACGAAAAAACAAAAAUUUAAACAAAUAAGACCUUUUUCUCUUUUUUAAGAUCAAAACGUCUGACUGAUUGUAAGAAAAUAAAGAAAGCAGGAGGUUGUUUAACUUUUGCACUGCUGAUAGCAUUAAGAUAAUCAAUAGGAAUUGUCUUUUUGAUCCUUUAUUUGUGAUCCCAAGAAAAAAAAACAAUCCUUGAAUGUAUUAAAAGUACCAGCCUAAAAAAAAAUCACACUUUUAGCACUCAGGUCUGUAAAACAUUGAAUUAACACCCUUAGUUUCAUGUCUCUGCCAUAAGAAUACAGACAUUUAUAGAAAAGUAUUACUUCAAAUAAACAUUAGUUUUCCUCAUAAGAUCUCGUUACCCCAAAAUAUUGGGAAUUAUUCACAUUUGAACACUCAUCAGCCUAUCACAUAAGCCUGCAAACAACAAACUCUAAUGUUUAAUUAUCAGAAAAGUCUUUUAAUAAUGUUUUUAUAGCUGCAGUUUUGAUCAUUUAAACAUUCAGUGCUGAAGCUCAGGUGAAGGUAAAAGGGUCAGACCUGUUGAAUAGUUGAAACCAUGGCAAUGUUCUUGCAGGCAAAUGAAAUGUAAUCUGCAUUGUACACGCUCGAUCACUUCCUGUUUUUGUACGUCACUUUGUUUUGUAUUGAAAUGCAGCAYCUACGUAAAGGAAAUCAACAAGAAACUUCUGUUUAAUUUAUAUGAAAUGAUGUGACUUCUUAAUAGUUUUCAAAUAAAGCUAAAAACUUUCA